CAACAACACGCCGGCAGUAGGAUCUCAAGAACAGCACAGCAAUUAGUCCUCGACCUGUCAUCAACAACAGUUCUUCUCUUGCCAUGGCUUCAACACAGUCUGGGGAGCUUCAGAUCCCGGGCACUGUCUACCUCGUCGACGUGGCCCAGGACGAAUCCAACAUUCACGCCCGCCACGAUGGCUCGCAUCAGGACAUUGUCCUGGUCCCUCAGCCCAGCUCCGACCCUGAAGAUCCUCUGAACUGGACAUACCGCCGCAAGCUCCUCGCUGUGAGCAUGGGCUACCUGUACGUCCUGGGCACCGGAAUCGCGACAUCCCUGCAGUACUCUGUCCUGGCCAACAUCACUGCCGACACGGGCAUCUCGACGGCCGACCUGGUCCAGGGCACCGGGCUGAUGUUCUUGUUCUUCAGAUGGGCGUGCCUGAUCUGGCAACCCAUUGCCCUCACCUACGGCCGGCGCGGCGUGUACCUGAUCACCAUGUUCCUGACCAUCCCGAUCAUGGUGUGGACGGCAUACUCGUCCUCCUCGGGCGAAUGGGCCGCCCACCGCGUGCUCAUCGGCAUCAUUGUCUCCCCGAUCGAGUCCCUCUGCGAGGUCACCAUCUUCGACCUGUUCUUUGCCCACAACCGCGGCACGUACAUGGGCCUGUACGUGUUCGUCCUGUUCGGCUCCAACUUCCUCGCGCCGCUGGUGGCCGGGUGGUUCAACGACGCGUACGGGUGGCGGUGGACGAUGCACUUUGGCGCCAUCGUUUGUGCCGUGUGCUUCGUCAUCAUGUUCUUCUUCCUCGAGGAGACAAUCUACUUCCGGGAGCGGUCUAUCGAAGGCCAGGCCGCACCGCCGCAGCCGCUGGUACCCGGGGCCUCAACGACAAACAAUCCAGGCAGCGAGACACCCACCGCUACCGCCAAGGACGAAAAGUCCAACAGCCGACCCGCAAGCUCCUCGACCUCCUCCAGCCCGAACCGAGCGAUCUGCCCUCCCCACAGCCAAGGUCUGCUUGGCAAGUACGCCCUCUUCCGCCCGCUCCCGGGCCGCCCGAGCAACCGCGACAUGCUGCGCAUGCUGUACCGGCCGAUUCUCAUGAUCUUCCGCCUGCCCACAGUCGCCUGGUCCGGGUUCCUGUACGGCAUCAACCUGGCGUGGUACAACGUGCUCAACGGCACUGUGAGCCCCGUGCUCACGCGCGCGCCGUACAACUGGUCCGCCGCGCUCGUGGGCUGCGUGUACGCAGGCCCCAUUGUCGGCGCGGCGAUCGCGUGUCUCUGGUCCGGAAAAGUCGCCGACUGGGUGGCCAUCCGGCUCGCGCGGCGGCACCACGGCGUGCGCGAGGCCGAGUACCGCCUCUGGGUCCUCGCGGUCUCGGGCGUGGUCUCGUCCGGGGGGCUGAUCCUCUGGGGCGUCGGCGCGUACCAUGACUUGCCGUGGAUCGGGCUCGUGUUCGGCCUCGGCAUGCUCACGUUCGGCGUCGUCACGGGCGGGUCGAUCGCGGUCAGCUACAAUGUCGACUGCUUCAAGGAGAUUGCGGGCGAGACGACCGUGUCUGUCAUGAUCAUCCGCAACACGAUCGGGUUCGGGUUCAGCUAUGGCAUCACCCCGUGGUGGACCAACACGGGCUUGCAGAACUGUUUCAUCGCCGCGGCCAUGAUUUCUAUUGCCUGCACUGCGACUUUCUUUGUUUUCAUCCUGUUCGGCAAGAGGAUCCGGCGGUGGUCUAUUCCGGCCUAUCAGGGCUUCAUUGCAACUACAGUAGUGUCGCAGGAGUAGUGCGUCGUGGAAAGUCCUGAAAAUCAGCCCGCGGGUAGCUACAAGAGAUGGUGCAAGAGCAAUCUUGAUUUGU